AUGUUAGCGAAGCCGUCUGUGGAUAUCUUCUCAACAGUUGCAGAUGCCGUUCUCAUUCCCCCCUGCUCAGUUUUGCUAGCAUCUAGCUUUUCCGGCUGCAUUCUUAAUGUAUUGUUUAAUUGUCUUCAAUACAAGGACAACCUGAAAAGAAUCUUUCAUGUUAGCACAAAAUUGUCACAGAAGACUGAUGGCAUUUGCGACGCUACUACCGAGCUCACACCAAUAGAAAUUGAUCCUUUGCUUGGGCACUGGACCUCAACGUUGGGGCCUUACAAGAGAGAGUUUUUGAAUGGUUGUGAAGCAGCUGCUGGUGCAUCUCCACCUAUGCCGGUGGUAUCAGUGGUAGACAGCACGCUGCUAGAGUCCUUUCAGUCCGUGCGCCUCGAGGCACAGCGUAUGGUGUUUGUGUACAACCCAACCUACAUGCUCAUAGCAUCGGCAAAAAGCUUGGUCAUGCUGUUGGUGCUGCAGUACCACUAUGACUACGGGGGAGGGUGGGAGCGCUUUGUUGUGUGCUCCGCAGCAAACUUGAUGAGCGGACUGCUGGCCCCCGUUCUGGAGUACGCCACAAGAUGGCUACUCCCGCUAGACCACGAGAGUGGGGCGCCGGUGGUAGUUGUGGAGCCAGAGGAGCCAGCAGACGCGGUGCUCAUUGUGGAGGUGCUUGGCCACAUUUCCAGACUGGAGCUGGAAGAUCUUGGCACGGUGAUGAUUCAGGGAGUCGCGUUCAUCGUCUUUGGUGCCGUCCUCCUUCCCGCGCUGCUGGUAUUCUGUUUGCCCGGCUUGGCCUCUUUUCUAUGGGUGUUUGUGCCUUUGUGGGCGCUCCACAUGGUGGUGCGCCGCCUUUAUUAUAGGUGCACCUAUUCCACGAUGCAGUCACCGCCUAGAGGACGGAUAAGUCGACGCUUAACCCCAGCCGCCGAAUUUGCGAAGGCGGCGCUGCUGAAGGUUCUGACGCUUUUUAUGCUUCAGUGGUCGGUGCAGUGCAGCUUUUUGUUUGGGUUAAUCCUCCUGAAGGGCGGGGGAUAUAACGAGGCCCUUUACAUUGAGGUCAAACAUCAGUUAUGGGGAUGUUAUGAUCCCCUUAAUAUGACGAGCUUCCAAUGGUUCUGCUUCGCAAGCCAAAUCCUUUUUUGA